CGACCGACUUGGUUUGUGUGCGCGUGCGUGUCUUGUCGUUUAACGUGUGCUGGUCGUCGUCCGUCGUGGAAAAUAGUUUUUUUUUUUUUUUAUAUAUAUAUAUAAUAUUUUUACGUUCUACUGUUGGUGUUGAAUUUUGUGUAGAAAAUCGUUCGGCACCAAAAAUGGAUUAUAUCGUUCGCCGGCCGUCGUCGAGUGCGUUCGCUGCGAGUGUUGUUGUCGUUGCGGUCGCGUCGUAGCCGUUCGUUGAUGUCUCUCACGCUCGGUCGAGAACAAUAAUAAUUGUCUAAAUGGUGUUCAGGUGAUAGAAUUAAAAAAGUGUUUCGGGCAUUUUUUUGUGCGUUUCCUUCCAAGUGUUCUUCCGUUAAUCUCGGGUGUUAUCAUGGCACUAACGUACGCCACGGUGCUGAUGAGCUCGGUGCUGCUGGUCAUGUCGGCCUCGCUCAGCAAGACCCUGCGGCACAAGCCGCCCAACGAGUGCGAGUGGCUGGCCGUGACCGCGUACGGCGACGAGUCGAUCGCGUCGCAGACGGUGUCCGACGAACAAGAAGUGGCGCUGCACUGUCGGGUGCGCACGAUGAACUCGGAACUGGAAAAGACCAACUUCAGCAUAAUCCAGCCGCAGUACACGGUUAAGCUGCGGAUCGAGUGCAACGCACAGCUGUACCUGCUCAGCUCGCUGGGCGUGGGCACGUUCCAGACGCUCAUCGACCUCAAGGAGCUGUCCAUCGAGUCGUGCAAGCUCAACAACCUGGUGCCCGACGCGUUCCGCGGGCUCAGGCAGCUCCGCAACCUGACCAUCGUCACGCACAACAACGACUGGCCGUCCGUCAACAUGCAGCUGCAGCCGGACACGUUUCUCGACGAGCUCAGCAUGCUCGAACGGCUGGACCUGAGCCACAACAACAUGGCCAAACUGCCGGAGGCCGUUUUCUGUUCGCUGCAGAACCUCGUCUACCUGAACCUGACCCGUAACCGGCUCAGGCAUCUGGAACUGUUCCAUUUCGGUUCUUCCGGCCAACACAAGUGCGGCGGCAACCUGCAAGUGCUCGACUUGUCGUACAACAAUUUCGACUCGAUCAACUCGCAAGUGUUGUCGCACUUGUCCAACCUGCAAGAGCUGUACCUGCAGGGCAACGUCAUAUCCGUCAUAGGCGACCACGGUUUCGACGGGCUGUCCGCGCUCAACGUGAUCAACAUGGCCUCCAACCGACUAGUCAACUUAGCGCCCGAACUGUUCGCCGACUGCCGCGAACUGCACGAGGUUUACUUGCAGAACAACACCAUCAACGUGUUGGCGCCCGGUCUGUUUAACGAUCUGUCGCAUCUUUUGGUCUUGGACUUGUCCGAGAAUCAGCUGACGGAAGAGUGGGUGAACGCGGCCACGUUCACCGGUCUCGUGCGCCUAGUCCUGCUCAGCCUGUCCAACAACAACAUCACCAAGUUGGACUCGGUGAUAUUCCGCGACUUAUACCGGCUGCGGUCGUUGCGGCUGGACAACAACGGCGUCCAGUACCUGCCGGAGAACGUGUUCGCGUCGCUGACGGACAUGAGAACGUUGGUGCUGUCCAGCAACAAAUUGACCCGGGUCGACCAAUACACGUUCGACGGACUGCCCUCGUUAAAUCAACUCUCGCUGGACAACAAUCAGAUACAGUACAUCGAUCCCGAGGCGUUGCGCAACUCUACCGAUUUGGAGUACUUGCAUCUGAACGGCAACAAGCUGUACGACAUACCGGCCGUGCUCAACAACGUGCCCAAUCUGAAAACGCUGGACCUGGGCUACAAUCAGAUCACCGACAUAUACAACACGUCGUUCCCGGCGAUGAACCAGCUGAUCGGAUUGAAACUAUUGAAAAAUCAAAUAUCCAACGUGUCCAAAGGCGUGUUCGACCGGUUGCCCGAAUUGCACCUCAUCAAUUUGGCCAACAACAAAAUACAAAAAAUCGAACCAGGCACUUUCGACAACAACACGCGCCUGGUGGCCGUCCGGGUGGACGGCAACUAUUUGCGCGAUGUCGGCGGCCUUUUUUCGAAACUGUCCAACCUUGUUUGGCUGAAUAUAUCCGAAAACUUCCUAGAGUGGUUCGACUACGCGCUCGUCCCGACCGGACUCCAGUGGCUGGACGUGCACGGCAAUCAGAUCACCGAGCUGGGCAACCACUACGAGCUGGAGACCCAGCUGACCGGGUUCGACGCCAGCCACAACAAGCUGACCGAAAUCACCGGCAGUUCCAUCCCGGACAAGGUGCAGAACCUGUACCUGUCCAACAAUCAGAUCUCGAAAAUCCAAUCGUACGCGUUUUUCAAAAAGCCCAACCUCACGCAAGUCGACCUGACCGGCAACCGGCUGCGGACGCUGACGCCGCAGUCGCUAAGGAUAUCCACCAUACCGCCGGGGCGGCCCAUGCCGCAGUUUCAGGUGGGCAACAACCCGUUCGUCUGCGACUGUUCCAUGCAAUGGCUGCAGUCGUACAGCGUCGAGCCCGACCGGAACAAGCCCAAGUUGGUCGACCUGGACGCGGCCACGUGCGAAGUGAUCUACAACCGGGGCGAGUCCAGGGUGUUGCUGAAAGAGGCUUCCGAAGAUCAGUUCCUGUGCCAGUACGACAUGGAGUGCGCCAAACGGAGCACGUGCGACUGUUGCGACUUUGACGCUUGCGAUUGUAAAAUGAUUUGCCCGACGAACUGCACGUGCUUCCACAGCGUGAGCAGCACUUCGAACGUCGUGGACUGCUCAAGCGCCGGCUACGUGAACCGCUUGCCCGACAAGAUACCGAUGAACACGACGGUGCUCUACUUGGACGGCAACACCGUCAGAACGUUGAGCACGCACAGUUUUUUGGGCCGGAAAAUUCUCAAAGUGCUCUACUUGAACUCGUCCAACGUGGAACGCGUGCAGAACCGCACUUUCCACGGACUGAAAGAGCUCGAAGUGCUCCACUUGGACGAUAACCGCAUAUCCACGCUAUACGGUGACGAGUUCUACGGAUUGGACAAGCUCAAGGAACUCUAUCUGAACCACAAUCGGAUAACGUACAUCAACAGCACGACUUUCCGGUUCCUACAGCAGCUGACCGUGCUCCGGCUGGACCACAACCGCAUCACUCAGUUCCCGGUGUGGCGCUUGUCGCCGACGCUCACUCAGUUGACGCUGGCCGAAAACCAAUGGAGUUGCAGUUGCGAUUUCGUUCAGCAAAUGCGCGAGUUCCUCGUGUACGCGGCCGACGCGGUCGUCGACGCCGAACAAGCGCGGUGCGUCGACCACUCGGGCGGUUUCAACAUAUUCAUCAGCGGCGACAACAGCAGCGCCGCGUGCGGGCCCAGCACGCCGUCCAUGGAACGACCGUCGAACGGGUCGUCGUUGUCGUCCAACUCGAUCGAGGGGGCGCUCAACGGCGGCAACCUGACCGCCCCGACCAAGACGGUCGUUCAGCGGACCGACUUCCAGGACUACAUACCCGUGCUGAUCGUGUCGUUCUCGGCCGUGUUCUUCGUGGUGGUGGCCGCCAUGAUGGUGUACGUUUUCCGGCACGAAAUGAAAGUCUGGUGCCAUUCCCGGUUCGGCGUGCGCAUAUUCUGCAAGAGCACCGAGUUCGAGAUGGACGAGCGCGAUAAGCUGUUCGACGCGUUCGUCAGCUACAGCGCCAAGGACGAGGCGUUCGUGGUCGAGGAGCUGGCGCCCAUCCUGGAGAACGGCGACCCGUCGUACAAGCUGUGCCUGCACUACAGGGAAUUCCCGGCCGGCGGUUACAUAUCCGACACCAUCGUCCAGGCGGUGGAGUCGUCCAAGCGCACCAUAAUGGUGCUGUCCGAGAACUUCAUCAAGUCCGAGUGGUGCCGGUACGAGUUCAAGUCGGCCCAUCACCAGGUGCUCCGGGACAAGCGCAAGCGGCUGAUCGUCAUACUCCUGGGCGAGGUGCCCAACAAGGACCUGGACCCGGACAUCCGGCUGUACCUGAAGACCAACUCGUACUUGCAGUGGGGCGACAAGCACUUUUGGGAGAAACUCAAGUUCGCGCUUCCGGACGUGCCCAACAACCAGAGGCCGAAAAACAUCAACCAUAAACACCAUCACCACCAUCACCAUCACCACAGAGGGGUGCACAACAACUACUCGCGACCGCUUGCCAUACACAUAUAACAACGAUCACGUAAUACCUACUUAUCUUAAUUAUUAUUAUUAUUAUUAUUUUAUUAAAAAAGACAUUUGUGAUAUUAGAUAGUGACUAACUGUAAAUUAAAAACAAUAUAUUAUUAUAAUGUACAGUGUAUUAUACGGUGUAAAAUACCGACCAUUCCUGAGUAAUUAUUAUAUAUUUUGUACGAUUAUUAUUAAAAAUGUGUCUUUUGAUAACCUCUUUUUUAAAACCUUUUUUUUUUUUUGUAAAAUAAAAAAUUGUAUAGAAUAUUAAAAUUUUAGAGAGAGAGUCCUCCCGCUCCUCCUUCAAGUCAUUACUAUUAGGAUAAAAAUCGAUUGUUUUUCUAUUUCUAUUGUUUUGUAGCUCUUUCAAAUAAAAAUAACUUAAAAUUUUUACACUAUUUCAAACUAUUUUCCUCUACAAAUCGAAAUGUUGUGUAAGUGUCCAAGCGAAAAUAUAUUUAUUGAUUAUAAAAUUUAUAUAAAAAAAGGCAGGUGCCAUUUGCACAGGGUCGGUUUGUAGGUAAAUUAAAAAUUAUUAAUUCAUGUCACGGGGUUAGUUACCUAGUCUUAAGACAUUUCUUGUACUUUAACCCGACAUAAAAAUUAUUGUAAAAUCUGAUAUCCAUAAAAAUAUUAUUAUGUAACUAAGAAAAUUGCCAUUAUUUUCAUUUGUUUUAUUAUUAUUAUUAUUAUUUAUUUCUUGUACGAAGACUAUAAAAUCUAGAUAUUAGAAAAUU